UAAGUUUUAGCAACGCGUACGUGAAUAUAUAUUUACGUUUUUAUUACAGUAUAGUAUAGUUAUAGUUAAUAUUAUAGUUGUAUUUUGUAUUUGAUCGGAUGUCGAAUAUAUGAGAUAAAAAAAUUCAAAAACUUUCGCAUUGUUUAAAGGAGUGUUGUGUAAAUAAUGAUGUUAGAAUUUGUCUGAAGAAUUUAAGUCAGAACAAGUUAUCACUUAACGCAUGCUGUAAACCAGAACGCUUAGUCACGUGGUCUCAUGUGUGCGCGUGGGCCUGAUAAAAUGUAAAUAUUGUCGCGGGACCGGACAUGCGCAUGCGCAGUAGAGACAAAGUGCCUCCCUGUAUAUAAAGUCUUGGCGCCGGCGCGAGUUGUUCACUACACGUCAAACUGCACCAAAAGCAACCCCAGAAUCAACAUCAUUACACCCUGAUAUACAGCAUAAUGCCCAGACGGAGUAGACGCCUUCAAGCUAGAAACAAAAAUGGAGCCACCCACAAGAGACAAGAUAAGAGAGCAAAAAGUAAAAAGGAGCAAUGCAACAGGAAGAAAGCCCUGACCAAAAUGAUAAAUGGUGAAACUCAGAACCUCAAGUGGGCUCAAGAGGGAACAUGCAAUGGUGAAGUCAUAAUUGAAACCCCUAUGGAUGGAAAUCAAGAUACAUUUGAUCAGCCAGGCUUGUUUCACUGUUCUAGACCAUCUCCUUUUCCCCGACUCAGCUGGGGAAGUUCAGAGGAUGUGUGGGUUAAGAUGUUGAGCAAGGAGAUUAAGUAUAAGCACAGUAAUACCUGUUUGGAGAGGCAUCCGAGGCUCCAGCCCAAGAUGAGAGCAGUUCUACUCGACUGGCUUAUGGAGGUAUGUGAGGCUUAUCUGCUUCACAGACAGACAUUCUACCUCGCACAGGACUUCUUUGACCGGUUCAUGCUUACCCAAGACAACACGGAAAAGGAGCGGCUUCAGCUCAUCGGCAUCACUGCGCUCUUCAUCGCUUCCAAAAUCGAGGAAAUUUAUCCACCCAAACUCAAGGAGUUGGCCUACGUCACAGACGGUGCAUGUCUCGAAGCGGAGAUACUACAGAUGGAGCUUAUCAUGUUAAAAGCAUUAAACUGGGACUUGUAUCCCGAAACUGUCGUUUCGUGGAUGAAGCUUUACAUACAGAUGGCCUCGGUGUACGAUUUCACUAAUCUGCUCGUGCCACAGUUUUCUCAAGAGACGUACAUACAGAUUACACAGCUUUUAGAUUUGUGCAUCCUAGAUAUCCACUCACUGGAGUUUAAAUACGGGGUGCUGGCUGCAGCUGCCUUUUGCCACUUCAUAUCUUUUGAAGUUGUGCAGACAGUCUCAGGUUUGAGCUGGGAGGCAGUAAAGAGCUGUGUGAACUGGAUGGCUCCUUUUAUAGAGACCAUGAUGGGUUAUGAGAGCCCAAAGCUUAAAGAUUUUGCUAAAGUGUCUUGUGAGGACCGACACAACAUUCAGACCCACAUCAGCUACCUGUCCAUGCUGAACGAAGCCCAGCAAAAACACACUAUUUCCACAAGCGGCGUCUUUCCCCCUACACCACCGAGCAGUGCCGAGAAACCCAGCACACACUGAGGGAUCAGUGCUGCAGUAUGCAGACCCAAUGCUUCUCUCUUCCCUACAGCUUAAAGCUACUGUACAAGGCUUCAUUUACAGAGCAGCUGGGAGAUUAAUAUAUUGUAUAAUGUGAAUAGGAAGGUUGAUAUUUAAAAAGAAAA